AAAAUAUCUACUUUGUAACUGUUCUUUGAUUGUGACUGUUGGUUUUCGUCCAGCGAUCACACAUCACGCGAGUUUUUUGUACAUACAUACACAAAGUACACACCUUGACAGCUGACAUAACCAACAAUCGGUUUCAGCCUCUGGGCGAGUGGCUCGUAGUACUUUUCGCGCGUGCACACAUCGCAUACAUUUGUAUAUGCAUUUACAGAAACGUAGGAACGUCGAAUGCAAGCUGGAUUUGGCAUUAGUUAUGUCGCGACGCACGAAUUCGCGCGAAGAUUGACGCUUUAAUAAAAAUCGCCGCUGGACAAUCUCGCCGACAAAUUUCCCUUUUCUCGCGAAUGGAUAACGCAACCGCCCCGUUCCUCUCGUCGCUGCCGCUGUGCGAUUUGUACGACUUUUAGCCCACCUCAGGAGGAUAGGAUGUCAGAGACGGAGAUAACGUUCGAGGAGGAGCACUCCGUGGACCUGUUCUCGGACGUAGAAUUGUCGCAGAGCACGAAGAACGCGGCCAAUUCGGACUCGAGCUCCAUGUCCGUUGGCGUUAACGAGCCUGAGCCGUCCGACGGCGUACCCGAGUGGAAGGGCAUGAGCAUGGACGAGAUACGCAAGGGCCUGGGCGUUUACGACUGUCGGGAACAUCCGCCGGUCGUCGUCUCUUCCAGUCACACAGUAUUGUUCAUGUUACCAUUGCGUACACCUGGACCACCAAAGCCAUAUCCGACGCAUCGAAUAGACAAGUGGAGCCAGGGCUAUGUACGAAUGCCGCAUUCUGCGCACAGUUUGUAUCCAAUAGAGCAGAGGAGCGGAAGUCGCAGUUGCCGAAAUAGAUGGGAGAUGAUUCAGGAAGCUCUGCUGAGGAACAUACUUUCCAGCCAACAGUUAGAAGAUGCUAUACUUUCGUACAAUCAAAUAUACGCACAGCGCUGGAAUUUCGCGGCGCUCCAUCACUUUUUCUCGGAGGUCAUGGACUCGGAGGAGACGACCAUGUUCUUUGAAACUCUGAUGCCAAAGAUAAUCCAACUGGCCUUGCAGCUUCCUGUGCUGUUAACUGGCGCGGUGCCCCUGCUGAAACGACACACCAACGGGUCUAUCAGUUUGAGUCAAUUACAAGUAGCCUCGCUGCUGGCAAACGCAUUUUUUUGUACAUUUCCUAGACGGAAUUCAAGUAAUCCGCAAUCGGAAUACGCGUCGUAUCCAUAUAUUAAUUUUAACAAAUUGUUCGCUGCCUAUAACGAAAAACACAGCCAGUGUGAGUCAGUGAUGGAGAAGAUUAAAUGUCUUCUUCAUUACUUCAGGCGAGUAACAACUAAAGCACCUGAAGGUAUAAUAACAAUCGAACGACGUUACAUUCCGUUGGAAAGCUGUCCAAGAUGGAAUUUGCAAGACCAAAAAUUGCCACCGUUACACAUAACGAGUAAAGGGACUAUCGAAAGCGAAGGAGCUGGGCUGCUCCAAGUGGAUUUCGCAAACAAAUAUGUGGGCGGAGGUGUGCUAGGCUUGGGCUGCGUGCAGGAAGAGAUACGGUUCGUUAUAUGCCCGGAACUUAUGGUCACUAUGUUGGUUACGGAGGAACUGGACGAUACGGAGGCGCUCGUCGUCACCGGUAUCGAGCGGUACAGCAAGUACGAAGGGUAUAGCAACACUUUCAAGUGGAAAGGAGAUUUUGUUGACGAGACACCGAGGGACAAUAGUGGUAGACGUAUGACGUCAAUCGUCGCUAUUGAUGCCCUUUACUUCAGGCAGUCCUCGCUGCAGUUCAAUAUGGACAACAUAAAUCGUGAGCUUAACAAGGCUUACGUUGGAUUCGUCGGAUCUGACACCUGUAAGAACAAUCUGCCUGCCAUCGCAACCGGAAACUGGGGAUGCGGCGCGUUUCGCGGAAAUCCGAAAUUGAAAGUCUUGAUACAGUUGAUGGCUGCUGCAGCUGCAGGCCGAUCGAUGGUCUACUUUACUUUCGGAGACACGAAGCUGCGGGACGACGUGGCAGCGAUGUACGCACACUUGAUUCAUCACGACAUCGAUAUAGCGCGACUUUACUCAAUGCUGUCGGAGUAUCGUCGAGAGUCAGCCUCGAACGCUCAUUCGGAUUUUUAUUGUUUCUUGUACAACAGAAGUAGGAUAAAACCGUUGAGCAAAUACUUCCCGACGAAGCCCGCCGAGAGCGUCCCUUCGGCGAAUAUUUCCGCCGAGUGUCUGAGGGAGACGCUGUUUAAAAGGAACAAAACCGCGACCUUGUCGAACAAAGACAUUGAUAACAAGCGAUAUCAUUACUCGACGGCCAAGGAGAAGGAAGUGGCGGAGGAGGAAAAGAUCAUGAAUUGGUUGACGAGCUGCGAGAGCGAUAGCAGCGACGGCUAUGUCAAACCCGAGGAUAACCGCGAUGGGAAAACCAAGAGUGCUGCGAGAGAGGCGGAUAGUCAUAGGAACGGCGGUUUGCGGGACGAUCAUUUUGCAGAUAACACCGUCAACGGAGAGAACGUGCAAAUGGAAGAUAAGAUAUCGAAUAAGUUGGACAACAGCGUGAAUACGUCGAAUUCGAAAGAGCCGGUUAUUCCACGCCUUAUCGACAAUCAAGACACAUCGAAGAAGAUAAAGUCCGAAUUAUCGUUCGAAUCGAUGGAACUGUGCGAUGAUGGCGACAGCGAAUCCGUAAAGAUCUUGAAAGACUGCGCUCCGGAAUCCUGUAAGCAAAAGUCGCUCCCUAAAAGGAGCGGCCAGAGGAAGAUCUCGGAAUUUUUCCAGCGAAUAUCGUGAACAUGCGGUACACGGACAAUUUCGAAGCGAUGCCAAUUAGCACCCGCGCACUUCUGUAAUUAUAAAUAUUCUGUAUAAUCUUAAACGUUACAAAUCUUGAAAGUACAAUGUAAAUAAAAUUCUGCGUAAGACGGGAUUAUUCAAGCACCUUGACACCUUUUUUAUUUUGUAUAUCUAACAUACGUAUCUUAUAUUUUGUGUCUUAAAAAGCGAUUACGUGUGCAGCUGUAUUAUAUAAUAAUUUCCAAUGCAUAAAAAGAUUAUCAAUCUAAAAA